UGGCGCUGGUAUACGGUGGGCUGGAUCAGCUGACGCAGCCCCGGGGAUGUGAGUGUGCGGCUCUCCUGUCUUGUGCCGAGUACCGAUCCCGCAGCUGCCAGCCCGGAGGAGGAAAGCGCAUUACAGAGGCGGAGGAGCCCGGACAGCGCCGACAACCAGGCUCCCAUCCCCGGCUACGCUGCAGCCAUGCUGCCCCAUAUAACGCUGCUCUUCCUGGCUGCCGGAUCGCUGGCUCUGGAGGUCCCUUCCGAUGGGAAUGCUGGAUUGCUAGCAGAGCCACAGAUUGCAAUGUUCUGUGGCAAGCUUAACAUGCACAUGAAUGUUCAGACUGGAAAGUGGGAAAAUGACGCCUCUGGAACGAAGUCCUGUAUUGGGACCAAAGAAGGAAUCCUGCAGUACUGCCAAGAGGUAUACCCAGAGUUACAGAUAACCAAUGUGGUAGAAGCCAACCAGCCCGUCACCAUUCAGAACUGGUGCAAGAAAGGGCGUAAGCAGUGCAAGAGCCACGUUCAUAUUGUGGUCCCAUACCGGUGUUUGGUUGGGGAAUUUGUAAGCGAUGCUCUUCUGGUGCCAGAUAAAUGCCGAUUCCUCCACCAGGAAAGAAUGGAUAUUUGUGAGACUCAUCUUCACUGGCACACAGUAGCCAAAGAGUCCUGCAGUGAGAGGAGCAUGAGUCUUCAUGACUAUGGCAUGCUCCUGCCCUGUGGCAUCAACAAAUUCCGAGGAGUAGAGUUUGUGUGCUGUCCUGCUGCUGACGAGAAUGAUAACUUUGACUCUGCUGAUGCUGAAGAUGACUCUGACGUCUGGUGGGGUGGUGCCGAUGCGGACUAUGCAGACAGAAGUGAUGACAAGAAUGUACAAGGCCGUCAAGAGGAGGAGGAGGAUGUGGUAGAAGUGGAGGAGGAUGAGGUUGAUGAUGACGAAGAUGAUGGUGAAGAUGUGGAGGAGCCUGAGGAAAUCUUUGAAGAAGCCACUGAGAGGACCACAAGCAUUGCCACAACCACUACCACCACCACGGAAUCCGUGGAAGAAGUUGUAAGAGAGGUGUGUUCUGAGCAAGCCGAGACUGGCCCUUGUCGAGCAAUGAUCACCCGAUGGUACUAUGAUGUCACGGAGAGGAAAUGCGUACCGUUCAUAUAUGGAGGCUGCGGCGGCAACCGCAACAACUUUGAGUCCGAGGACUACUGCCUGGCAGUGUGUGGCAACGUCAUUCCUACCACCGCUGCAAGCACCCCAGACGCUGUGGACAAGUACCUGGAAGUCCCCAAUGAUGAAAAUGAACAUGACCGAUUCCAGAAGGCCAAAGAGAGACUGGAAGGCAAACACCGAGAGAGGAUGUCUGAGGUGAUGAAGGAAUGGGAGGAGGCCGAGCGUCAAGCAAAGAACCUUCCAAAGGCUGACAAGAAGGCCGUGAUCGAGCGCUUCCAGGAAAAGGUGGAAUCCUUGGAACAGGAAGCAGCAAAUGAAAGACAGAAGCUGGUUGAGACUCACAUGGUUCGUGUGGAGGCCAUACUGAACGAUCGCAGAAGAAUCGCUCUGGAGAAUUACAUUACUGCACUUCAAGCUGAUCCACCAAGGCCCCGCCAUGUUUUCAACAUGCUGAAGAAAUAUGUUCGCGCUGAGCAGAAAGACCGACAACACACCCUGAAACACUUUGAGCAUGUCCGCAUGGUGGAUCCCAAGAAAGCUGCUCAGAUCCGAUCCCAGGUGAUGACACACCUCCGUGUGAUUAAUGAGCGGAUGAAUCAAAGCUUCUCUCUCUUAUACAAGGUCCCCGCUGUGGCUGAGGAGAUCCAAGAUGAAGUUGAUGAACUAUUCCAAAAGGAGCAGAACUAUUCUGAUGAUGUUUUGUCCAACAUGGUCAGUGAGCCCAGGAUCAGUUAUGGUAAUGAUGCCCUCAUGCCCUCUCUUACUGAGACCAAGACCACCGUAGAGCUUCUUCCAGUGGAUGGCGAGUUUAAUGUUGAUGAUCUGCAACCAUGGCAUCCAUUUGGUGUAGACUCUGUGCCUGCAAAUACCGAGAAUGAAGUUGAACCAGUUGAUGCUCGUCCCGCUGCAGAUAGAGGACUCACCACACGGCCAGGAUCAGGGCUUACCAAUAUUAAAACAGAAGAGAUCUCAGAAGUAAAAAUGGAUGCUGGAUAUGAAGUACAUCACCAGAAACUGGUCUUUUUUGCAGAGGAGGUUGGCUCAAACAAAGGAGCAAUUAUCGGCUUAAUGGUUGGUGGUGUUGUCAUAGCAACUGUUAUAGUAAUCACACUAGUGAUGCUGAAGAAGAAGCAGUACACUUCCAUCCAUCAUGGUGUAGUAGAGGUUGAUGCUGCCGUGACCCCUGAGGAGCGCCACCUGACCAAAAUGCAGCAGAACGGAUAUGAAAACCCAACCUACAAGUUCUUUGAACAGAUGCAGAAUUAAGAACACCACAGCAGCCUCUGGUCUCGGACAGCAAAUUGAUUGCUUCACUGCCCAUCGGUGUUCCACUCUAUACAUAUAUAAAUAUAGAAACAGAAAAUUAAAAAAAAAGGUCAUGUUGAGAGAAUAAUACAAAAAAAAAGGGAAAAAAAAUACACUGUUUUAUUAUUUACUCAUUUCCGCCUUUUGACAGCUGUGCUGUAACAAAAGUAGAUGCUUGAACUAAUGAACUAAAAUCUGUAAUGUAUUCUCUUAACAUCUCUCUGUCUUUACAUAACAUAAUUCGAUGAAUGUUUUUGUGUACUGUAAAGAGAUUAGCCGUCUUUAAUCUAGUGCAUGAGUAGCUGCCUCUCCUGAUUAUUUAUCAUGUAGAUCCUAAAAACCGGUUGUAUAUUAUUCUUGUGAGUUGUGACAAAAAAAAAAAUCAGUCCUGGUUGAAAAUUGCUUUACAAACGAUUGGGGAUGCAUUCUUCUGUGUACGUGAGGUUUUUGCUGCUUUUUUCUUUCUUUUUGUUCUUAUUGCCUAAUCAUUUUUUUUCACCUCCACUAUGCAUUUU